GUCAGCUAGGAGAGCCCCUUUAAAAGUGAAGCUAGGAAUUUGUUGAUAUGGCUGUCAAAACAAGAGAAUUCAGCGUAGGACUGGGUGAACAAGCAAGAUCAUGAGUGGGUGUCCAUUUCAAAGGAGAAAAUCACAACAUGCAUUUCCUUCAGACCUGCAAGAAAACAAUGACAUGUCACAAGAUGGAACAAAUAAAGCCAGUCAAGGAGGAAUAAUAUACAGUGAUUAUCUGCAGUUGGAUAAAAUAAUAAAUGCUCAAGAACUACAAAGUGAGAAGAAUGGAAACAAAAUACAUGAUGAACAUCUAUUUAUUAUAACUCACCAAGCUUAUGAACUGUGGUUCAAGCAGAUUCUUUGGGAAUUGGAUUCAGUUCGUGCAAUAUUUGAGAAUGGUCAUGUGAGAGACGAAAGGAAUAUGCUAAAAGUGAUCUCAAGAAUCCAUCGAAUUGCAAUAAUCCUUAAGCUUCUGGUGGACCAGUUUGCAAUUCUGGAGACUAUGACAGCACUGGACUUCUUUGAUUUCAGGAAUUAUUUAGUACCUGCAUCUGGAUUUCAGAGCCUGCAGUUUCGUCUUCUGGAGAAUAAGAUUGGCGUUCCAGAGAGCCUGCGGGUUCCUUACAACAGAAAGCACUAUAAGGACAAUUUCAAAGGGAAGGACAAUGAGUUACUACUUCAAUCUGAGCUGGAACCAACACUAUUACUAUUGGUGGAGCAAUGGCUGGAGAGAACCCCUGGGCUGGAACCAGAUGGAUUUGAUUUUUGGGGCAAACUUAAAAUCAACAUUGAAAGAGGACUGAGAGAGGAAUUUGCAAAUAUCCAGUCAAAGCCGGCAUUUGAAGGGAAGGAAGAUAUGUUGUGGGACCAUAACAAACACAAGGAAGUGCUUACAUCACUGUUCGAUGAGAAACGGCAUGAGCAUCUGCUGAGUAAAGGGGAACGGAGAAUAUCAUAUAAGGCACUGCAGGGGGCCCUCAUGAUUUACUUUUACAGAGAAGAACCACGUUUCCAAGUGCCAUUCCAGUUGUUGAAUUCACUCAUGGAUAUUGAUGCCCUUCUAACUAAAUGGAGAUCGAUCGAUAUAAAGUGUUUGUUGACCUGUUCAACCUUGCAAACUUCUUGGUUCCAAGACAAUGGAUUCCAAAGCUGACCUCUACAAUUCACAAAUUCUUACAUACUGCAGAGUGCUGUGAUAGCUCAUACUUCAGUGGUGAGGAAUCUGAUUAAAGCAGAAAUCAAUUUAGUAUUUUGAAAGCAAACUACACAAAGGUUUAAAGGAUUUUAAAAUCUUUUAAUCAUUCAUGGAUACUUCUAAACUUCUUUCAGAAUUUAAUCCACUAUAUUAUUUUCAGUGAAAGGCUCUGGGACAGGUCUUGGCUUUCUAAUUUGGUAAAAUGGGUGAUAGUGGAUCUGCAGUAAGUUUCACAUAUCUUUUGAUUUUCACAUUCAUUCACUAUCACGUGAACUCAGUAUUACCCCUCUUUCUCAAUUUGUUUCCUGUUACAUAUUUUAUGAAUGGGUGAUGUAAUGUACAUAUAAAAUAUGUACAAUAUAUAAAAUAUUAUACAGAGGAUGUAAAACUAUCUUAAUUCUUCAGAUGUGUAACAUUAGAUUUAGUUUAUAUUUCAAUAAGGCUAAUUGAUUUAAAAGAGCAACAUUGCUUCUAAAAAGGAAAUGGAGAUGCCUUUUAUUGACAGUUGUAAAUAUGUACAAUAAUUAUUCAAAAGGCUUUUUGUAUUACAUGUAAUUGAGUUACAUCUUAUUUUUCUCAAAAACUGCAUAAAUCCAUGUAAGAUUCUAUAAAUCCCACUUCAGAAAUAGAAUCAGUCUGACCUAACAUUGGGACACAGACAGGCUUUAACUUCACACCUUCAAUGCAUUAUCUGAGCUGAGCUUUUUAACUUAUUGCUAAAAGCUAUCUUGAGAAUGUAACUUUAAAAAAAUUCUGGCAUUUACAUAUGAAGCAACUGAAACUAACAUGAUCAUUCUGAGGGAUGUAAGACUUAUGCUAACCUUAUAUAAAAUUGCAUUCCAUGAAAUUGUAAUUCUGCUGCUAUAAAUUCUGUGUCCGAUGAUUCUGCUCCACAACCACCUGUUGAAGAAGCAGCGCUUUGAAAGCUAGUGCCUCCAAAUAAAUCUGUUGGACUCUGGUGUUGUGUGAUUUUCAACCUCAUAACAUUGAAUUCAAAGGCCCUUGUCCUUGUCUGCUCUACUUCCACACAUUUUCAAAUCCUUCAAAACCAACUUGUCUUGUAUUCUCCAAUCCAUCGUUACUCAUUGCUUCUUCAGCUGUCCUAUUCUCAUCCUCUGAUCCCCCCUCUUUCAGUAGGUCUGCUGAGCCACCUCCCCGUAUGACUUCAACACAUCCUGAAAGAACAUGAGCUUUAAUGGUGUUUUCAAGCAUUCUAUUAUGUUCUACAAUUCUCCUUGUUGCUAAGUGUCCUCUACUGCUCACCAUUGAGUAAGAAAUAUGAAACACUUAAGCAAGGAGGAUGUAAGACUAAAAAGAUAUUAAAUUGGUUGCAAGAACUAAGUGGGAUUUCAUGGUUAUGUUAGUAUUGUAAAUAUAUAUCUUAAAUGAAUAAAGGCAAACGGUCAA